GCUCACAUUCGCACACAACUUCGUACCAUUGCAGGCAUCACAUCGCUACCAUCGAGCAAGAGGCGUAACAGAGAAGCUCAUCUCCAGCUCACGCCUCAUAACCGUGUAGCCCUCUCCCCUCGUCACAUACCCCUCUUCGUGCGCCGACGAUGCUGCACGGUGUCGAGUGGCUGGGACGACAGUACAGCGCCCUCUCAAAGGGCGCUGCUGCCAACCAGUCCUUGAUCCAGACCAUCAACACCUUUGCGCAGCGCCUCUCCCAGUCGUCAUCUGCCGAGGACCCUAUACAAGAGCGAAAGGCAGCCAUCCUCAGCUUGAAAGGUCUCGCAAAGGAUCAUGCAAAAGAAGUUGCCGAUCACGCCCAGAAGCCCCUCUUGGACUGUCUGGUGAGCCAGGCGUCCAGCAAGGCAGAAGGCAACGACGACGUCGCCAGGGCACUCGUGGAAUGUCUCCUCGUCAUCUGUACCCUGCCAGAGCCAGCCCCGCCCAAGUCGACCUUUGGAGUCGUGGGUAGCUCGAGCAAGAAGCCCGCAGCUCCCCUCGUACCGGCUGCCCUGGAUCGAUUCCUCGACACGCCCGAGCCACUGCACGCCUUGCUGCCCCUCUUUAGUCCUACACGCACCUUCUACCUGCGUUUUGCAUCUCUACAGUUCCUCGGUCUGCUCCUCCGCCAUCGCAAGAACCUCGUGCAGUCACACGUCCUCACCUCGCCUGGAGGAUGCGGUGCGAUUUUGGAAUGUCUAUCCACCACCUCUGCAGCUGGUCACUCGCUCGGGUCCAGCGCAGAGAUCAUCCGCAACGAGGCGCUGCUCAUUCUGCCGCACCUCGUCGACUCCAAUGCUGAUAUCCAGAAGCUGAUUGCCUUUGAAGGGGCAUUCGAGAAGCUGCUGGACGUGGUGGCUCAGGAAGGACGCAUCGAAGGAGGCGUGGUCGUGCAAGACGCCCUGGAAGCUCUAGAGGCCCUGCUCAGAUACAACGUCUCCAAUCAGAAUUACUUUCGCGAAACGCUCUCGAUACCCCUCCUCGCACCUCUUCUCUUCUACCCACCUCCCCUCCCACCAAAUGCGCCCGCCCACAUCGCAGGUCAACGCGAGCAGCAGCUCGAGUCAUUCGCCUUCCAACCCUGGGAAUACGAUGCAGCAGACGAGUACGAAGAGGAAGCGCCUCCGCCACCGCCUCAGUCUACAGGAGAUGGACAAUCGGAGAAGCGACAGCCUCAGGGACCAAAGAUCGUGGGUGAUGGUCAGAAGUUGAUCAAUGCGCGACUGGUGGUGGGAAUCGCCGGUCUGCUGGUACAAGGCGUUGGUGAAGGGAAAAGGGCCAAUCAAAACGCCCUGCUGUCCACUGGCUUCUUUCAUGCGCUCCUCGACCUCGCUGUAGCGUCCUCUGCGCCUCUUUCGCUUAAGACGCAAGCUCUGCAGGUCCUCUCUCUGCUGCUCAAGAGCUCACGUAACGUCCAGGAUGCACUGGGCGAGGCAUCUGUUACCCCAGUAGAGCCCAUCAAGGUUCAGAUCGCUGCUGAUCUUGCUGGUCAAGUAGGUCAGGGAGAGAAAGCUGCACCGGGAGCCCUGGACGGUAGCGCUGCUGGAGGUGCUGGCAGCGCUGCAGCCACUUCGCGCAUGGUCGAGUUCGUCAGACUGCCUCCUCAAUCGGCCUUACUCGCGCUUGUGUCAGCAGCCGUCUAUGGCAUGGCCCCCCCUUUCCGCCCCAUCGACGGAGGCGUCCGAUCUCUUGCGGCCUUUAGAGCAGCAGCGGUUAAGGCUCUGCAGAGUAUCCUGACAGACAACAUCGAUGCCCGUCUGUUCAUCAUUGCCUCCAUGGCAGUCAGUGAGCAGUCCAGGCCAGAAGACUCUCCAGGGCACGUUCUGUUGCAAGCUCUCACCUCCCUGCCCACCAAUGGCGGUGCUGGUGCUGAAGAGUACGACGAGCUGAGGGCAUUAUUCGCGGGAAUGAUCUUGGGCACUGUGAUUAGAGGAAGCGAUACCGUCAAGGAUCUGGCUGGACGAGUGAGGUUCGGCGCGGACGGAAGGACGACGAUCGUUGAUGAGCCCAAGGAGGGUAGUGAGGAAGCAAAGGGUAGCGCUGGUGGGAAGACCGAUGGCACCGAUGAUGAUGAAGACGAGGCUGCUUCGCUCCUCUCGGUCCUCAUUGGCAACAUCUCCGUCUCCCUGCGAUCCCAGAGCGACGCUUUGAAGUCCGAGCGCUCCCAUCAAGCCUCCACGUCCACCACCAGCAAAGGUCCUUCCAGUGCAUCUUGGACCAAGAUUCUGCUUGCGCACCUCACUGUCCUAGCUCUCUGGCUUCACAAGUCGCCAAAGAGUGUCAAGGAUCUCGUUGGUGACUCUAGCAAUCUGCAAGCAGUCGUGCAGCUCGUCGCCGAGGGCGCUAAUGGUGAGCAUCUCUUGGUCGGACUGGGUACCUGGGUCCUAGGUGCCAUCUACGAGUGGGGACCAGCUGUGCCUGCUCCAGCCAAGCCAGCCCAAGGGAAAGGCGGCAAAGGUGGCAAGGGCAAGGCAGACUCCUCCACCGCCGCCAGCAAUGAGCCCGCCAGCGAUGCCAUCACACGACAGGAAGUCUACGACCUCGUCACCAGCCGGAUCGGACUGGACCAAUUCGAAGCAAAGCUUGACCGGUUAAGGGACGAUUCGAGACUGAAGCUGGUGGGUCCCGACGUGCUGGAUAAAGUCGGCUCGAGGCCGGAUCCCAUUGCCAACGCUUCGAAAGAAGUCAAGGAGGGGAAUAUGGGAGGAUCGGCUGCUGAUGAAGGAGAGGAGGGUGAUCUGCCGGAGAUUUGGUUCGAUUGGAAUUGGGCGGAAUUCUGGAGGAGUGAGAAUGUCACGAUUGCCAACUCGAUGCUAGUGCCCCCAGCCACAACCUCCUCCGAAGCCUCCUCUGCACCAGCCGAGCUCCUCGACGCCCAACGGCAAAUUGAGCAGCUGCGCGACGAGGUCAAGCGUCUGUUGCGCGAAGUCGAGUCUCGAGACCGGCUUCUCGCAGAGGGCGGGCAGCGCGAAGGUGCCAGUCGAGAGGAGCGUGAGGUCCUCUUGAAGCAGACUGAGGAGGCCACGAGCGCCAGAGAUGCUCUCCAGGCCGAGCUAGCUCGGGCGCAGGCCUCACUCGAGGAAGUGAAAGCUGCUGGCAGUCGUGCGGCGGAAGCUCACGCUUCGCAGCUAGGCGCAUCACAGGAGAGGCUCGUGGCGCUGGAGGGGUCGCUGCGCUCUGAGGGAGAGAAGGCAAAGGGUGUCGAGGAGCAAGUAAAAGUCCUCAAGGAGCAGCUGGAGGCCGUUAGCAAAAAGGGAGAGGCGAGCAGUGAGGCUGAAGGGAAGUCAAAAGUUGAGCUUCAGACGUUGAGAGCUCAGGUGGAAGAACUGAACGAGAAGAUUGAGGAAGCCGAGGGGGAGGUUACUAGACUUAGGAAGGAGCUCGAGGAAGAGAGCAAGAAGGUCGCUACCCAGACUGCUGCACCUGCUGCUGAGCCCACACCAGCACCAGCACCAGCACCAGCAGCAGUACCCUCAUCCACGGCCGACUCUACCCGCGUAGCCGAGCUGGAGCAGGAGAAUCAAGACCUCCUAGUCAUGCUCGACGAGCUCUCCACGAAGCGUAAAAAGGACAAGCAGAGGCUCAAGGAAAAGGGAGAAGAAGUGAGCGAGGAUGAGGAUGAGGAUGAAGAUGAGGAGGAAGAUGGAGAUGGAGAUGGGGAUGCGGAGGAGUGAAGGGGAAAGAAUGAAAGGAGAUGUCAUGCGUGAGUUAAUGAAAGGGAUAUACAAUUCAAACACUUUCACGUCUCGAGGUUGCUUGAUGUGAAUGGGACAGAAGCGGGUGAGGUUGUGUAUUCAUAAGAAGGCUGAACAGGAUGCGAUAGACGACAGACAAUGUGAUGCGAAGUUCCUCUCUUAUGUUUUGAGAAGCGAAUUCGAUUCCUUAAACGGUC